UCCGAGUCGGAAACUGAGAAUAUGGAUCAAGUGCUGGAGAUAGAUCGUGUUGAUUUGGCCUGCGCGGUGAACAAUGCUGAACACCACACGGAGCUGAAUGGAGCGACCAGGCUGAUCGUGAGAAGGGGUCAACCUUUUACCAUCAACCUUCACCUACAACCCGGCACUCACUUUCACCAAGGAACCAACAUCAACCUCAUCGCCACCACAGGCCCGGAACCCUCAGAGGACGCAGACACUGCAGUAAAAUUUGGGCUCAGUAAAUUCAUGUCGAAGACUCGAUGGAGCGCAACUGCAGCGCUGCCGUCUGAGAACACUGUAUCACUCACCGUGUGCAGCAACCCCAACGCCCCCAUAGGCCUGUACCAGCUGACCCUUGACCAAGGCAGCGGGGUCAGUCUGGGGCAGUUUGUCCUGCUCUUCAACCCUUGGUGCACAAGAGACUCUGUGUAUUUGGCGAAUGAGGCCGAGAGGCAGGAGUACGUCCUGUCCCAGGAUGGACUGAUCUAUCGCGGGAAGCCUAAACGCAUCACAGUCCUGCCGUGGACUUUUGGACAGUUUGAGCCUGAUAUGCUGGACAUCUGCCUGACCGUUCUGAGUAAAAGCCUUCAGCACUUGCAGAACCCAGCCCAAGACUGCUCGGACCGGAGAAGUCCUGUGUACGUGACCCGUGUCCUCAGUGCUAUGAUCAACAGUCAGGACGAUAAGGGAGUGCUGGUGGGGAACUGGUCAGGAAAGUAUGAGGACGGAGUAAGGCCCACAGCGUGGAAGGACAGCUGUUCUAUUUUACGGCAGUGGUAUCAUCAGGACUGCAUUGGGGUGGAAUAUGGCCAGUGCUGGGUGUUUUCUGCAGUAGCGUGCACAGUGUCCCGGGCUCUCGGCAUUCCAUGCAGAGUGGUCACCAACUAUGAAUCGGCUCACGACACCAACAGCAACUUGCUGGUUGAGUGUUACUAUGAUGAGUUUGCUGAGAAUCUUGGCGAUGACUCCAUAUGGAACUUCCACGUGUGGGUGGAGAGCUGGAUGACCCGUCCGGACCUGAAGCUUAGCUAUGAGGGAUGGCAGGCCAGUGACUCCACCCCACAGGAAACAAGUGAUGGGAUUUACUGCUGUGGCCCGGUCCCUGUCAGAGCCAUUAAGGAAGGUGACCUCACCGUGAAGUACGAUGCGCCGUUCGUGUAUGCGGAAGUGAACGCGGACGUGGUGGAGUACGUCACUCUGAGAGAUGGCAGACAUGUGAAAAUAGACAGCUCCACCACAGAGGUGGGCCAGUGUAUCAGCACCAAAGCAGUGGGCAAUGACGAGAGGGAGGACAUCACUCACCUCUACAAAUACCCUGAAGGUUCAGAAGAAGAGAGGCUGGUGUUUGAGAAGGCCAACCAUCAAAAUCGGCUAAUCCAGAAUGAGGAAGACCCUGGUGUGCAUGUGAAGAUCAAACUGACCCCCGAUAUGAUGGUGGGAACCGACUUUGAUGUGUAUGCACGGGUCAAAAACAACACAGAUGCCCCAAAGAACUGUCACCUGAUGUUCUACGCCCAGGCCGUGUCCUACAACGGCAAACUCGGGGAGACCUGCGGACUGACGGAGCUCACAGAGAUGAAUGUGAAGCCAACAGAGGGUGACAAGGCAACUCUUCGACUGAAGUAUUCUGAGUAUGGGAAAGCCAUAACUCAAGACAGGAUGAUCAAACUGGUGGCUCUGCUUGUUGACAUAGAGACCAAGGAGUUUUAUAAAGCCACCAAGACCAUAAUGCUGGACAGCCCUUCCAUCACCAUCACUGUUCCAGGGGAGGCCAAUGUAGGCCAGCCACUUGUGGUCACUGUACUGCUGGUGAAUCCUCUACCAGAAGCACUGGAGAACUGUGUCUUCUCUUUACAUGGAGCUAACCUGACUGAUGGAGCACCAAUCAUUAAAGAAGUUGGGGCGGUGGGUCCUGAAGAGAUCACCACUGCUGAGCUGGAGUUCACGCCAAAGGCUUCAGGAAUACGGAAACUUGUGAUUGAUUUUCACUCCGAUAAACUAAGCAACAUCCAGGGAUAUAGGAAUCUAGUCAUUGGAGAAUAAGUUCACUUGUUCUAUUCAUCAGACGUCAGUCAGUUUCUAACUGACCAAAUCAAACCAUUUUCAAGACCAAUUUGAGCAACAGCUGCUGGCGAAUAGUGUUUCAAUUGGCACAGAACUUUGAUGUAAUGAUUGUGAUAUUUUAAGUGUAAAAUAAAUUAUAUUUAUAUAUUUACACACACGCACACACACCCCUCUAAACCAAUCAGGCAUGAU